UUCAAUUCAUUGAAUUCAUUCAAUUCAUUUUGUUUACUCUUGAAGUUACUUCACACAGUCUCUACCAAUCAUGUCCCUCCCCCUGAUCAAAUAAUCCUUCCUCUGCCGAACGGUCCGAACCUCGGCCAGUCGGUCCAAAGACUCCAAACGUGGGGAAGUUGGGGUCACUGCUAUAAACAUGGAGAGCUCUUGUCUCAAUACAUUUACUACUGAUCCAAGCAUCACUAUCUAUCUAUUACCCGUCUAAAUCAAGAUGUCCGCCGAAGAACAAGUCCGUCUCGAUAACUUUGACUCUAUCUUCUCCCUCGAUGGCAAAGUCGCUGUUGUCACCGGCGGUUCAAGAGGCCUCGGUCUCCAUGCGGCCAGUGGCCUCCUCCAAGCGGGCUGCUCAAAGGUCUACAUCACCUCCCGUAAAGCCAAAGCCUGCGACGAGGCCGUUGCCGCACUGAAUGCCCUCCCCAAUAAACGCCCCGGCGCGGUAGCCAUUGCUGUCCCCGCCGACAACGCGCGCAUGGACGACCUGGACCGACUUGUCGCCGAGGUCAAGAAGACAACCGAUCAUGUUGAUAUUCUCUUUGCAAACGCGGGCGCUACCUGGGGCGAGCGGUUCGAAAAGUAUCCCGAGCCUGCCUUUUCCAAGGUGAUGGAUCUGAACGUGAAGAGUGUGUUUUAUUUGGUGCAGAAGUUUGGCCCCCUACUCACGGUCAAAGCAACUCGCGACUCGCCCUCGCGCGUCAUCGUCACCGGCUCCGUCGCCGGCAUCGGGGUCGGUUCCCUCGGCGAGAAUGCCACCUUUGCCUACUCUGCCUCCAAAGCGGCUGUGAUUCAUCUGGCCAAGAACCUGGCGGUUGAGCUGGGUCCCCGGGGCAUCCUGUGCAAUGCGAUAGCCCCUGGCUUCUACCCGUCCAAGAUGGCCAAUGGGUUGAUUGAGAUGCAGGGAGGCAUCAAGCAGAUGGAGGAGCACUCGCCCAACCGGCGACUAGGCAGACCGGAGGAUAUUGCUGGACUGGUGGUGUUCUUGUCCAGCCGUGCAGCCAGUCAUUUGAAUGGGGCUGUCAUUGUGACUGAUGGAGGAGCCGUACUGAAGGGACGACUAUAAAACUUGUCUGUAGAUUAUGAUUAUAUACAAACUACAUCGCUACAGCUUGGCAACUGUCUUGUGCUCCUCUG